GGUCUGCUAAUGAGAUCUAUUUUAUCGAGCCUUUCUUUUAAGCAAUUUCCUUAUAACCACGCACGUCAUCACUGGGUCCGAAGCAUGUCUCGUCCACUUUUCCAGUUAGAAUCCACCGUUCCAUUCCCCCUCCCAGCAUCGCCGACAACGAUCACAACAUAUAAGCAUAUAAACUCAGCAUUUCGACUGGUAUUCUGUUCCAUUCCUGGCCCGCUAUGUUCCGCCGCCAUUGUGGUUCCAACAUUAGGAGAGGGCGACGAAGGACUGGCACAUACUUUGGAGCAUUUAGUCUUUUGCGGGUCUCGAGGAAUUCCUCACCGAGGUUAUUUGGACUCUCUGGCGACGAGGUGUUUGAGUACAGGAACCAACGCUUAUACUUCCGAAGACCACACGGCAUACACUAUCACCACAGCGGGGUCAGAAGGAAUGUUGGAAGUUUUGCCAGUGUUUCUAGAACACAUUCUUUACCCAACGUUGAGAGACGCACAGUUUGUCACUGAAGUCUAUCAUUUGGAUGGGGAGGCAAAGCAUCAAGGAGUCGUGUACUGCGAAAUGGCUGGUCGGGAGAACACAGAGUCUGAUAUGCUAGAUCUUGCUCUACGGCGUUUAUUGUUUCAGAAUCAGACUACCUAUUCGCGGGAAUGCGGGGGGUUAACCAAGGAUAUUAAGCUACUGAACAAUGACCAGAUCAUUGAUUACCAUAGACGUUACUACCAUAUUGACAAUUUGACUGCUAUUAUCUGUGGACAAGUGCAACCUGAGGCAGUGUUUGAUAAGAUCGCUAGUAUGCCUGGAUUGCUGGAUAGUAUGACGGGUGUUCCAAAGGGAACCGCGCAAAUGCCCGUCAUUGUCGUCCCUCCUCUGCCAGGCAAACCAGGAGAUCUGAUUACGGAGACGGUCAGAUUUCCUUCUUCAGAUGAGGAAGUGGGAUCCAUUGCUUACGGAUGGAGAGGUCCACCAUCAGAGGACAUAUUCACAAUUGUAGCCUUGGAUGUCCUCUUCCGGUUUCUGCAAGAGACCUCAGCAUCGCCGUUCGCGCAGGCGUUUGUGGAGCGAAGUGAUCCAUUUGCCUCUCAGGUUGAUUUUGAGCUGAGAGGGUAUGUCAACACGGCGAUUGAACUGGUGUUUAGUGGAGUGCCUUGCAAAACGGAUGGGGAUAACGAAGCACAUGCGAUGGACAUUGACGAAUCUGAGGAAGAUGAUUCUGACUAUAGCGAGGAGGACUCGGAGGAAAACUCUGUUGUCGAGGAUGAGGAGCAUGCCCCACGGACGGACCUUUUCGAAUCUGGAGUAUAUCAUGGACUCGUUAUGAACGUGCUGAAAGACGUUGUUGAGACAAAGUUGUCAGUUCCCGACGCUAUGUGUUCCAGUCUAGAACGACAUCGUCGGAAGAUCCUGGAAGCACUGGAGGAAGAGCCGCAUGACUCUGUCGCAAUGUAUCUUGUAUCUGAUGUGGUCAGACAUUUCCUUGCAUCAGGAUCAACUUUAAACGACACUAGAGCAGAAGGUGGUGUCCCUGUCAUCGGUACGCGCGCGAAGAUUUUGUCUAUUGUGAAUGAACUUGGUGCUAUGCCUAUGAGUUUUUGGUCGGACCUGGCACGUCGAUGGUUGAUCGAUGCUCCGAUGGUUGAAGUGAAAAUGAUACCCGAUCGUGAGUUGGCUGAAGAGCACUCUCGCAGGGAGGCAGAGGAGCAGAGGGAACGGGUGGAGGCAAUUGGACCAGCAGGACUGGAGAUAUUAAAGGCAAAGGUGGAAGCAGCUGUGAACGAGAACAAAGUGAACCUUCCGGAGGAAUUGGUUGUCAAAAUGCCCCCGGUUCCAGACGUUACCAAAGCCGCCCGGUUGAAAGGCGAGAUGGAAAUCCUCCUGUUUCCGAAUUCACCGGGUGGGACAUCAAGACCAUUUGAGACUUGCCAGGUGGUCCAAACCGAAACUGUGUUUGUUCACCUGAGGUUGGCAUUUAAUACAAAUGACCUGCCAGAUGACUUGCGCCCAUAUUUGGUCCUGUUUCAAGAGCUUAUUUUCCAGACGCCGUUGGUUCUUCCAGGACCUAAAGGAGAAAGCAUUACGAUGGAUUAUAGAGAAGUGGUCCGCAAAUCGGCCGAUCUUUUCGUUUCUUACGAGGCUGCCCUUGGAUUCGGGAAUGACCUCUGGAGCGCUAGCUGGCUGAGCGAGGUGUUUAUGAUUUCCGCAAGUGCCGAAAAUUCGAAAUGGGAGCAUAUGAUCAGGUUCUUAUGCCAGGCGCUAAUUUUUGCGACGUUCACCGAGGAGCGAGUUUUGACGACCGCUAAGAAUUUGCUCAGUGAGAUUGUUGAAGUCAAACGCGAUGGACCAGACAUGUUGGCGGCCGUAUCGGGAAGAAUUACAAUGCCCGUUGGAUCAAAGGCUAAGAAUGCGCAAAGGAACGACGGUGCCAUUAGUAUUUUUAGGCAGGAAGGGUUUUUAAAGGACGUGGUCCGAAACUGCAAGGAAGGCAAGGUGGACGUUGUUUUGGAAGGGCUGGGCAAAGUAAAAGAGUGCCUGCUCAAGGCGGGCGUCGCCAAAGGCCCAGGGUUUACGCAAAUUGCGGUUCCCGUCGCCAACGCACGAGGUGCUGAUGCCCUUGUCAGGGAAGUCGCACAGAUCUGGGACGAGGAGGUGCAAAAGCACUCAGCACUGGUGUCUAGCAAGGCUUCAAAGCGGGAGAAUGGGGUAUCCACUGCUCCGGAGACCCAAUCUGCUUUUCCCUUUCCUCGCAAAGCAUAUGACGCUGCGUUGGCAGACCGAACGUUUGGAAACGCUGUGCUUGUUCCAAUACCUGGCGUCAAUACUACCUUCUUCUCGCAGAUCGUACCUUGCGACGUACUGCAACCUCAUCCUCAUCCUGACUACUUUGCUGUGACACUGUUGGCUGAGCUUUUGACCCGGUUGGAAGGACCAUUAUACACUGCCAUCCGUGGAAAAGGAUACGCAUAUGACGCAUCUGUUCACAUUUCACUUUGGACGGGUCAACUGUCUUUUGAGCUCUACGAAUCCUCAGAGCCACGGCGUGCACUCCUUGCAUUCUAUAGUAUUUUGACGAAACUGGGAACACCGGUUGGAUUUGAUGACAUUUGUAGCCAGUUUCACCUCGAGACUGCAAGGGCCUCAGUUGCGUACAAGGCAGCUUCAUCAAGAGCUACGAGUGGAGGUGUAGUUGUCUCCGCUUUACGGGCGGUCCUUAGGGGUUUCAAAACGCUUGAGGAAGAGGAAGCCUUCCAUCAAAGACUCUAUGCUGUUACCCGGGAUGACUUGCGUAGGGUUUACGCAGACUAUUUCAUGCGAUUUUUUGACGUAGACCGUCGCAUCACUGUUGCGACCACUGCACCCGGAGCAUCAGCGCAAGCGAUGCGAGAAUCCUUGGGUAUGGUGCCGAAUAUGGAUGAAACUGAAGCAAUUAACAGGGAGAAUAUAGAUAAAUGGGUCAUAGACUUUAAGGAAACAUCUUUGGACGAGCUUGUGAUGGGUUGAUUCAAUACUGUAUAUUUAAGCAUAUAGAACAUUCUCAAUUUAUCUGCACUCAAAAACUAGAUCUAUACCCAA